UACAUUACCACCAACCUCUACAAAAACUAUCAAAAAUAAAAGGCCUUCACACCCAAGUUUGCUUUCUCCAACAACCCAAACCCUCUCUCUCUCUCUCCUCCUCAAAACAAGCACUCAGGUCAGUCUUCUUCCUCCCAUCCCAAGCCGAAAACGCAGCUUCCUUCUCAUCCGUUGAGUGAUUUCAUGGAGCUCCAGGUGCUCUAGCUCGCCAACAGUAUUACAAGGGUAUAUAUUUUGCAAGAUUGUUGAUUUUAUUGAAGAUUUUAGAAGAAAAAAGAUGGGGGAAACUCGUGGUUUUCAAUUGGGUGUCAUUGGUGCUCUGUCACUUUCAGUGGCUUCAUCAGUAUCCAUUGUCAUCUGCAACAAAGCUUUGAUGAGUAAUCUUGGCUUUCAAUUUGCUACAACAUUAACAAGUUGGCAUCUGAUAGUAACAUUCUGCACUCUUUUUGUGGCGCAACGCUUCAAUGUCUUUGAGACUAAGUCCAUCGACAUGAAGACGGUGAUGCUUUUUGGAAUUCUUAAUGGGGUUUCAAUUGGACUGCUUAAUUUAAGUCUUGGGUUCAAUUCCAUUGGUUUCUACCAGAUGACAAAGCUUGCAAUCAUACCCUUCACUGUAUUACUAGAGACUGUCUUCCUGAAAAAGCAAUUCAGCCAGCAGAUUAAGUUUUCUCUUCUCUUGUUACUGGUUGGAGUUGGCAUUGCUUCCAUAACAGAUCUCCAACUCAAUCUUGUGGGAUCCAUUCUAUCUCUUUUGGCUAUUGCAACCACCUGUGUUGGUCAAAUUCUGACAAACACCAUACAGAAGAGAUUGAAUGUCUCAUCCACACAGUUGCUGUACCAGUCAGCCCCAUUUCAAGCGGCCAUACUAUUUGUCUCAGGUCCAUUUGUAGAUAAAUGCCUCACCAACCAAAAUGUCUUUGCCUUCAAUUACUCUUCUCUGGUCUUGGCAUUCAUCAUCCUUUCAUGUUUGAUUUCCGUCUCUGUGAACUUCAGUACCUUUCUAGUGAUCGGAAAGACAUCGCCGGUGACGUACCAAGUGCUCGGCCAUCUGAAGACUUGCCUUGUCCUCACCUUCGGCUAUACCUUGUUGCGUGACCCCUUUACACAGAGGAACAUCCUUGGCAUCUUAAUUGCCAUUUUUGGGAUGGGAUUGUACUCUUACUUCUGUACCAUUGAGAACAAGAAGAAGCAGGUCGCUGAUCUCUUGACAGUCUCACAGAUCAAAGAGAAGGAGACAACACCCCUAUUGGCAACUAAGAACAUGGGUCUUGAAGACAAAGAAGCUAAUGAAGUUAGAAAAUCAGCUAAGGACUCUCUCGUUUAGAAAAUUAUUAUUAUUACAAUCUAUUAAGAAGAUCGAAGACCUAGGAUUUCAUCUUAUUAAUUGUUUGAUCGAGUGUAAAUGAUUUUCAUUCUUUUGAAUAAAUUCAUCAAUAAAAUCCAUCGAUUUAUUGUAAUUAA